AUGUCCUAUUGGAUGCUCUUCUCUCCACUCCUCGCUGUCCAGCUGGCGGCGCUGAUGUCAGCGCUGACUCAGCUCGCGGAGGGCGUGAUGUUGUUGUAUGCGCCGGAGUCCGGGCGGCGGUUUUCGGCGGUAGUGCGGGAGCAUGAUCCGUUUAUGUUUGUGACGAGGGGGAUGCGGCUGGCGGGGUGGUGGUGGCGAGAUGACGAAGUGCGGGAGGAGCAGAAAAGUCUCACGGCCUCUCUGUUUCCAGGCACGUACGACACAUUUGAAGCGGUGCCGCCAGACCACAUAAAGCGCAUGCGCAAGGGUCAACUAGCAGAGGAGGUGGUGCGGCUGCAGGCAGCCCUGGCGGAGCAGGUGGAGACGGGCAAGGCACAGCGGCAGGAGCUGGAGCGCGUGCAGCAGGAGAAGGUGCUGUGCCGCGUGUGCUUCGAGCGCGAGAUCAGCCUCGUGCUGCUGCCCUGCCGCCACCGCGUCUUGUGCCAUCCCUGUGCAGACAAGUGCCGGCAGUGCCCCAUAUGCCGGCGGCACAUUGCCGACCGCAUGGCCGUGUUUGACGUGUGA